GCUAGGAAAUGGUUUUCUUUAAGGUUUUUCAAAUGGCAGCAGCCAUCCGAAACUUCAUCGGAACUUUAAAAAUGUGAUUUAAAAAACAUUGAAAAUGAUGACAGCAAGGCACGAGUUGGUAAGGCAAUGUGGUUAACAAACAAAAUAUUUACGAAAUAUCUGAUAAAAACGAUCAAAUUCCAAAUAUAGUGUUAUACCAUAACCUAACCAUUUUAAAAUUUCUUUAAAUCACGAACAUAAAUGCUUUUUAAAGAAUUACUUGUGCCCAUGUUUCAUCCCAGGAUCAUAGUCAAGGCUAUAAGUACAGUUCUGUCAAAUGGUUCACACAAAAGUAUAUCAACUAAUUCGAUUAGAACAGAUCGAAUUUUGGUGGUUGCCAAACUUUCAAGAUAUGAAUAUGAAAAAAGAAAAUAUAAAAACUUAACAAAUAAUGAUCUGUUAAAAUUUCUAAAAAUUCGGGGUACAGAUCUAGAAAAUUUAAUACAUCACCAUGACUUACAGAAACAUUUUGAAGAAAAUGUGAUUAAUACCUUAAAGAAUAUGGGAAUAGAAGUUGAAAUAGUGAAUCGCCACAAUUUUAGAGAAGAAAAUGUUGAAAAUGCAGAUAUUGUUAUGCCUUGUGGUGGCGACGGCACAUUUUUACUUGCUGCAAGUAUGGUUCACGGAAAUAGGAAGCCAGUGAUUGGGUUUAACUCUAAUCCAGCAAGAUCAGAGGGUUACCUGUGCCUGCCUAAAAAGUAUUCCACAAAUAUUAGAGAAGCAGUGGAAAGAAUACAAACAGGCAAAUAUAAAUGGUUAAUGAGAAAUAGAAUAAGGAUAACUUUAAUGAUCAGUGAAAAAGAAAAUUUUAUUCCCAGCUACUUACAUGAUCUUGAUGGAGAUCCACUACCCAGAAAAAUGGUGCAAAAUUCACAAGCUGAAAAAAUAUUGCCAUACCUUGCUUUAAACGAAGUUUUUAUUGGUGAAACAUUAUCUGCAAGAGUAUCUCACUUACAAAUGAGAUUGAAUGGAUCAACCGAAAGUACAAAUGUCAAAUGUUCAGGAAUAUGUAUUAGCACAGGAACUGGAUCAACAUCUUGGCAUUUAAGUAUUAACAGAAUGCCUGUCCAGAAUGUUGCAGAGUUACUGAGACUGCUCGACCUAGACCCAACAAAGGGCAAAGAUGGUUUAGCCAAUGUAUUGUCUGAUAUUUACAACAAAAAUCUUAUAUUUGCACCAGAGAGUGGAUUGGUAUUGGUAUUGGUAUUAAAGGGGGGCGCCCUCGCGGGCGUCCAAGCACUUAGGCCACCAGAUGGGCCCGUUGUGCCCCCAGGCCGCUCUAGAGGGCGUCCAGAAUGCCGCCCCUCCUGUAGAAGUUCAGCAACUCCUUUAGCCCAAUACCGUGCACUGAGUCCGGAUCGAUCAGGGCCGUUCCGAAGACUCCCAAUCUUGCCCAUGUCAAGGCAGGGCACUCGGUGAGCAGAUGAUACGGGGUCUCCUCCUCUUCCAUGCACCACCUACACUCCGGGUCGUCUCCAAUGCCUAGCAAGCAAAGAUGCCUCCUAAGCCUGCAAUGUCCUGUGUAGGCCCCUGUUAGUGCUCUACACUCCCUUCUGGUCAGUCUAAGCAGCUCCCUGGUCCGAGGAAGGGCGGGCCCAUCCAUCAUAAGCCUCGCCUGCCUCAUUGCCGGAGCAACUCUCCAGCCCCCCGCGGCCCGGUCUCUCGCCCAGGCUUCGAGAGUGGAUUGGAUAAAACGGAACCAUCUACUGGCCAGCGAAGAGUCCAGAGUUCACCCCGAUGGACUAUUUUGGUGGAGCACAUCGAAAGAUAUUGUUACAAAGAUAAACCGUCAACAGUUUUGGAAGUGCAGCAACGAGUUCGCGAGGCAAUACGCUAUCUCAAUGAAACAAAUUAAAUCUCAUUUAGAAAUAGCAUAUACUUCUUGUAUUCUUUAAAACAGCGGACAUAUUGAAAAACUAAUUUAAUUAAUUUUACUUGUAAGUAAUAAUUAGUAGUUAGUGUUAAUUUUUUACAAUCAUUUCACGUAGAUAUUUAAACCUAGAAAUAAGUAACUUGCGAAAUUUGGCAACAAUGUGCAAAGAUUAAUGUUCUGUUUUUAAUAUGACUUCUUACCAAUGCUCUAAAACGAUUGUGAACAAGGUGAUCAAGAGAUAAGUCCCAGUUUCAUAUCCGUACUAUGCUACGCAGAAAAGUAUUUUGCAAAACGUGGCAACACCGCUGCCUAAAGAAAAGCAUUAUUUUCGUCAAAAUAACAGGUGGCAAAAAGUGUAAAAAGUUAAUAGCGACCCAACAAUGAUGAUUUAAACAUAACCUGAAUUCUGAAGAUGAUCGCUAAUAAUUUCGAAACGGUGCAUCACAGACCCAUUCUCAUAUAUAUCAUUGAACUGGUCUUUGAAAGGACUAUCCAAAAAUGCAAUAAAAUGUUCUAUUUAAAAAAAUGUAACUUUCUUUGACCAUAAAAAAGUA